AAUGGACAACCAGAAAACACUUCUUCUUCUUUUUGCAGCCACCUUCUGCUCCACUGACCAGACAACUGUCUGCAGGGAAGCUUCUGUUACAGACAUUGUAUUCCUCGUGGAUGGAUCCUGGAGUAUAGGAAAAGAGAACUUCAAAAACAUUCAAGACUUCUUGUACAUCAUGGUCAGCAGCUUUGAUGUUGGGGAAGAUAAAAUCCGGAUAGGUCUGAUUCAGUACAGUGAUGCUCCACACACUGAGUUCUUCUUGAACACUUACCGCCGCAAGGAAGACAUCUUGGAGAAGAUACAGAAAUUAUCCUACAAAGGAGGGGGCACAAAAACUGGGGAGAGCUUACAGUUCAUGCUGGAGAAUCACUUCAAGGAAACUGCUGGAAGUCGAAGGGAGGAAGGCGUUCCCCAGAUUGCAGUGGUGAUAACAGAUGGCCAGGCUCAGGAUAACAUCCAAGAACCGGCCAAGGAAAUCAAGGACGCAGGCAUCACACUGUAUGCCAUUGGCAUCAAAGGUGCUAGUUUGGUGGAGCUUCAAGAGAUAGCUAGUGAGCCAGAUGACAAGCACGUCUAUGAAGUGGAAGACUUCACCGAUCUGCAGGAUAUCUCUCAUAAUAUGCUACAGGUGCUUUGUACCACAGUAGAAGAGGUGAACCAAAUUGCCCAUGUUUCCCAAGUUUGCAGAAAAGCCACCUUGGCAGACAUCGUAUUUUUAGUGGAUACUUCAACAAGUAUUGGCCGAGAAAACUUUCAGAAAGUGAAGAACUUCCUCUACACCCUGGUUUCAAGCCUCAAUGUGAGCAGCGAUCAGAUCCGGGUUGGACUGGCCCAGUACAGCGAUGAAACCUUCAAGGUGUUCUUGCUGAAUCAAUAUUCACUGAAAACUGACAUUCUGGAACAGAUACAGAAUUUGCCAUAUAGGAGUGGAGGGAGUUACACAGGCACAGCUCUGGAUUUUGUCAGGACAACAUAUUUCACUGAGUCUGCUGGUAGCAGAGCUCUGGAAAACGUCCCCCAGGUAGUCAUCCUGGUCACUGAUGGGGAAUCCAGCGAUGAGGUCAAAAUGCCAGCCAACAAAUUGAAAGCCAGAGGCAUCUCUGUCUAUGUGGUUGGAAUCAAUGCCCAGAAUACAACCAAGCUUCAGGAAAUAGCCAACAAGCCUUUAAAUAAAUUUCUGUUUAGUAUUGACAGUUAUGAUGUCCUUCAAGAUCUCCCCAGAAGCCUUUUGCAAACCAUGUGCUUUGCAGUAGAGAGCCAGAUUAAAGCAUUUACAAAGCACUAUGCUGACAUUGUUUUCCUCGUUGACUCUUCUGUGAAUAUGGGGUCUUCUUCCUUUGAGCAAAUAAAAAAUUUCAUCUACCAAAUUGUUAACCAGCUCGAUGUUGGGAUUGACAAGUACAGGGUCGGCCUAGCCCAGUACAGCAGGGAAGGCCAUGUGGAGUUUUUACUGAACACCUAUAAGAGCAAGGAAGAUGUGCUCACUCACAUCCAGGGGCGUGUCACAUUCCUGGGGGGCCCUUUGCAGACAGGAAGUGCCCUGGAGUUUCUGCACAAAGUCUUUUUCAAAGAAGAGGUUGGAAGCCGAAUUAGCCAAGGCACCCCCCAGUUUGCAGUGGUCAUCACUUCUGCCAAAUCAAAGGAUGAUGUCGCAGAAGCCGCAGAGGAGCUGAAAGAGAUCGGAGUGAAAGUCAUCUCGGUUGGUGUCCAAAAUUCUGAUCGGGAAGAAAUGGAGGUGAUAGCCACCUCUCCCUUGGUUUACCAAGUCAAUGGAGGGCAGAGCAUCAGUCAGCUGCACCAGGACAUUACUAAUGUUUUGGAAGCACCAGUUCAACAACAGUAUGACUCUGCCCUAGAUGCAAAAGUGCCAGCAGUAUGUUCCAGUGCGUCUGUAGCAGACAUUGUAUUUCUUGUGGAUGAAUCCAGCAGAAUUGGGUUAAGAAACUUCCAGCUGACCAGGACCUUUCUGCUCAAAAUAGUCAAUGCUCUGGAUAUUGGCCCAAAUAAUAUCAGAGUUGGCUUGGUGUUGUACAGUGAUGAACCGAGGCUAGAGUUCACCCUGGAUACAUUUGAGGACAAAUCAGAUAUCUUGAACUACCUGAAAAAAUUGCCAUAUCGAGGUGGGAGAACAUACACGGGUGCUGCCAUAGAUUUCCUCAGGAAGAAGGUUUUUACUCAAGAGGCAGGUAGCAGGAAAAAUCAAGGAGUGCAGCAGUUAGCUGUGGUUAUCACUGAUGGCCAGUCUUUCGAUGACUUUGUUGAGCCUUCUUCUAAACUGAGACAUCAUGGAGUUGCUGUCUACGCUGUAGGCACCAAGAACAUCUCAGAGAGUAGCCAGCUGGAUAAAAUUGCAUCUUACCCUUCAAGGAAACACGUCACCAACUUGGAAUCUUUUCUGCAGCUGUCAAAUAUUGAAUGGAAAAUAAAGAAACAGCUUUGCAGUGAGAUUGUGUCACAAACCUUUGUAGUCCCAGUGCGAUCACGGACUCUGAAAGAAGGUUGUGUGGACACAGAGGAAGCUGAUAUUUAUUUCCUGAUUGAUGGGUCUGGCAGUAUAUACCCAAAUGAUUUCCAGGACAUGAAAGUAUUCAUGAAUGAGAUGAUCAGCAUGUUCCAGGUCAGUGCCAAUGGAGUUCGCUUUGGCGUGGUUCAGUACGAAAGUACUCCUCAAACAGAAUUCAUGAUUAGCCAAUACAACAGCGUGAAGCAGUUAAAGGAAGCAGUCCGUGAUAUUCAGCAGUUAGGAGGUGGCACCAAUACUGGAGAUGCUUUAAGGUAUAUGAAAAGUCUUUUUGCAAAGGCCGCCAGGGACAGUGUUCCCAAGUUGCUGAUAGUCAUUACAGAUGGCGAAUCCCAGGAUCAGGUGACAAAGGCAGCAGAAGAGCUGAGACAAGAAGGGAUUGUUAUAUAUGCCAUUGGCGUCAAGAAUGCCGUUAAAAAGGAACUGAAAGACAUCGCAGGAACAGAAGAUCGAAUGUUUUUUGUGAACGACUUUGAUUCCUUAAAGCUCAUCAAACAUGAUAUCGUGCAGGAUAUCUGCUCCCCAGACGCCUGUAAGAAUAUGAAAGCCGACAUUAUUUUGCUGGUCGACAGCUCUGAGAGUAUCCGCCCUGUUGAUUUUCAGAAGAUGAAGGAUUUCAUGCAGCUGAUUGUGAACAGGUCUGAUAUUGGGGCUGAUAAAGUUCAGAUUGGGUUGUUGCAGUUCAGUUCAGAGCCCCAAGAGGAGUUCCAGCUCAACCGAUACGGAAGCAAGGCUGACUUAAGGAGAGCCAUUUCGGGAAUCAGGCAGAUUAAAUCUGGAACGAUGACCGGGAAAGCCCUAACUUUUGCCUCCUCUUACUUUGAUGAACCCAAAGGAGGGCGACCCAGAGUAAAACAGUAUCUGAUAGUGAUCACAGAUGGGGAGGCCCAAGAUGUCGUGAGAGAGCCUGCUGAAACCAUUAGGGGCAAAGGUAUCACCAUCUAUGCCAUUGGUGUUCUCCACGCAAACAACUCCCAACUUGUGGACAUUGCCGGCAGUCAAGACAAAGUGUUCUUCGAGGAUAACUUUGAUUCCCUUACCUUUCUGGAAAAGGAGAUUCUCUUUGAAAUUUGCAACCCGGAGGAUUCAUGCAAAAGGACUGAAGUUGCAGACAUCAUAUUUGUGGUGCAUGGAUCAAGAAAUGUCACAGACUUGCAGUUCCAGGGCAUUCAGAGGAUCAUGGAGGCUGUGGUGAAUGACUCUCUGGUUGGAAAAGACAAUGUUCAGUUUGGGGCUGUGGUCUAUAGCACUAAUCCUCAGGAUCAUUUCUCACUGAAUACAUACUCGGCUAAAUCGCAGGUCAGAGAAGCAAUCUCUAACUUGACACCUAUGCCAGGGCUAACCUUCACAGCAAGGGCUUUGAACUUUGCCAGGGAGAGAUUUGGUAUGGCUUAUGGUGGUCGUACAUCAUCUCUUAGUGUCACCCGGAUUCUUGUGCUUAUUACUGAUCAGCCAACUUCACCCUCGGAUAGACCCAACCUUCCAGCAGCAGCAAAAUCUUUGAAGCAAGAUGGUAUCCAUGUCUUUGCUGUUGGAGUGGAUGAAGCCAGUAGAACAGAGCUUGAAGAAAUUGUGGGAGAGCGAGAGAGAUUGUUCUUUGUGCAGAGCUAUAAUGAACUGGAAAGCUUACACAAAAACCUCACUCAUACAGUAUGUGAUGAGGCAAAGCCAGCUUGUGGCAACCAACAGGCAGAUCUUAUAUUUUUGAUUGAUGGGUCAUUAAGCAUAUCUGCACGUAACUUUUCUGCCAUGAAAACAUUCACGAAGGAAAUCGUGGACAGUUUUAUUAUUGCUCAGGACAAAGUCCAAGUUGGCGUGGUCCAAUACAGCAAAGAUCCCCAGAAGGAAAUAUACCUCAAUGAAUUCCACUCUGACACAGCCAUAAAGGAACGGAUUGACAGCAUUGUCCAGUUAAAGACCUCCACCUUUACUGGCAAAGGUCUGAGGUUUGUCAAGAGCUUUUUUGAGACUGCCAAGGGUGGCCGGAAAAAACAAGGAGUUUUGCAGAGCCUCGUAGUGAUUACUAAUGGGCAGUCUAAUGAUGUGGUGGAUGAGGCAGCUAUUGCUCUGAGGAAUGAUGGGAUACACGUCUUUGCAAUUGGCCUAGGGAUUCCAAACUCAUUUGAGCUUCUUCGAAUCGCCGGUGAUGCACGCAGGGUGUAUGUGCUGGAGAAUUUUGAAGUGCUGAAAACCAUAGAGAGAAGGAUUGUCACUGAAAUCUGUGAAUUGGAAGAUCGUCCUAGCCAGGAUUGCAACAUAGAUGUUUCUGUAGGAAUUGAUAUUUCGAGGCGCAUGAAGUCUAUAUCUGCACUGAACGAGAAGCAGAAACUGCAAAAGUACCUGCCCAAACUUCUGCACCGGAUGGAGUCCUUGACUAAAAUCAGUUGUACUGUUGAGUCUCAAAUCAACAUCAGGUUCAAGUACCAAGUGUUUGCACAGAACGGCCAGUCCUUGUUUGACUCCGAUUUUGAAGCCUAUGACGAAGAGAUCCUCCAGAAAUUCUUAGUUGUACAGACCAUUGUAGACACCUAUCUGAAUGCAGACUUCUUAGAGUCAUUUUGGGAGAAAUCCCUCAGACUGGCCUCUGCUAAAGUGAAGGUUCUCUUAGUGUUUACAGAUGGGCUGGAUGAUACUAUAGAAAUGCUCAGAACAACAGCAGACUCCCUUCGCAUUAAAGGCCUUGAUGCGCUUUUAAUGGUUGGCCUGGAAAAUAUGCAGGAUUUGAAUGAACUUCAGGAAAUAGAGUUUGGCAGAGGAUUUGGAUACAAGCAACCUCUGAGCAUUGGAUUUCCAGAACUUCCAAACAUCUUACGGAAAGAACUUGAAAUGGUUGCUGAAAGAAAAUGCUGCAAUGUUCUUGCUAAGUGUGUUGGCGAACAUGGUUUUCGUGGUGUAACUGGACCUCCUGGGAGGAAGGGGGAGAGAGGUCGAAUGGGCUUCAAUGGAACUCAAGGAGAAGGAGGAUGCCCAGGCAUUAGAGGUCCUAAGGGAGCAAGAGGCUAUCGAGGAAGCCGGGGCGAAGACGGUGAAAAUGGAAUUGAUGGGAUUGAUGGAGCAGAGGGAAAACAAGGAUCUCUUGGAUCUUCUGGAGAAAAAGGCAGUGCAGGAAGACGGGGUAAAAAAGGACCUAGAGGAGAACUGGGUGAGCGUGGAGAGCCUGGUCUAAGAGGAAACCAUGGGGAUCCUGGAAUUAACAAUAAUGUCUCUGGUCCAGAGGGUGAAAAAGGAAAGCCAGGGCAGCAGGGAGAACCGGGAACAGAUGGAGUGCCAGGAGAGUCGGGUGCAGAGGGCAUUGAUGGUGCAGGAGGUCGGCGAGGCCCCCAGGGAUUAAAGGGUGGGCAAGGAGAUCGUGGUGAACCCGGUUAUCCAGGAGAUCCUGGCCUACAAGGCUCACAGGGUCUAAGAGGACCACAAGGGGUCAGAGGCCCUCCAGGACCACAAGGAAUACCAGGCCCUCAGGUUAAUCCAGGAGCACCAGGUGCAGCAGGCUCUCCUGGGAAUCCAGGGCCUAGAGGACCAAAGGGUGAACCUGGAGAUCCUGGUGAGACGGGUCUGCUGGGACCCACUGGCCCAAGAGGCACGCCUGGCCCAGAUGGCAAUGAUGGCUAUGGUCCUGCAGGACGCAAAGGAGCAAAGGGAGAAUCUGGAUUACCAGCAAACCCUGGUCUACAGGGAGAAGAUGGUGAUCCAGGUAGUCAAGGAGAUAGAGGGUCCAAAGGAAUUAGAGGACAAAGGGGCAGUGCUGGCUUUCCAGGUUCAAAGGGAAAUCCAGGGGACCGAGGGCCACCAGGACCACAGGGCACCAAAGGACCAAUGGGCACCAUAGCCAUGGCGCCUUGUAGACUUGUUAAUUUCACACGGGAAAACUGCCCUUGCUUAUCAGGUACAGCCAAAUGUCCAGUAUAUCCCACUGAAUUGGUGUUUGCCCUCGAUAUGUCUGAAGAUGUUACCCUAGCAGCAUUUGAAAGAAUGAGGGAUAUUGUGAUAUCUUUGCUGCGGGUCAUCAAGCUCAGCGAAAGCAACUGUCCGACUGGUGCCCGCAUCUCCAUAGUUUCAUACAAUACCAACACAAGGUACCUCAUCCGAUUCUCGGAAUUCCAGAGGCACAACUUGCUGCUGGAAGCAGUCCAGAGAAUACCGCUGGAGAGGUCCUCAGGCAGACGCAAUAUUGGAGCGGCCAUGAGAUUCAUUGCAAGGAAUGUGUUCAAGCGGGUUCGUCAGGGUGUUCUCGUAAGAAAAGUUGCCAUAUUUUUCACCAGUGGCCCAUCACAAGAUGCUACCUCCAUCAACACGGCAGUGCUGGAGUUCGGUGCCUUGGAUAUCACUCCUGUGGUGAUUGCCUUCAGUGAAGUCCCUAAUGUCAGACGUGCCUUCUCGAUGGAUGACACUAGAAGAUUUCAACUGCUUAUUUGGGAAAGGCAGCAGGAUGAGCGCUUGGAAAGCAUCACAUAUUGCACACUCUGCUAUGAUAAAUGCAAACCAGAUACAAACUGUGAAGUGACCGUUCCCCCACCAGUCAUGGUGAACAUGGACAUCACUUAUGUCAUGGACAGCUCUGACAGCAUUGACAGUGAUGAGUUUGAGAGAGCCAAAGACUUUGUGAGUACCAUGCUCGAUCACUUUGUUAUCACCUCACAGCCGAGGGGAUCGGAUGAAGGGGCGAGGGUGGCACUGGUGCAGCAGGCUCCUCGAAGCUUUAUCUCCAACAGAAACACAAGCCCAGUGAACAAAGAGUUUGAUCUGAUCACGUACAGUGGUAAAAAUUUGAUGAAGAGACAUAUCCAAGAAUCUGCUCACCAGCUGGAAGGGCCAUCUGCCAUUGGUCAUGCUCUGCAAUGGACAAUUGACAAUAUAUUUUUCAAAGCCCCCAAUCCGAGACAACACAGGGUCAUAUUUACAAUACUUGGAAGUAAGACGAGUUCGUGGGACAGACAGAAACUGAGAGAGGUCUCACUGAAAGCCAAGUGCCAAGGAUUCAUCAUGUUCACCCUAGCACUUGGAAACGAUAUUACCAGCAGCGAGCUGACAGAGCUUUCGAGCUUCCCAGCAGAACAACAUCUAGUGCAGCUGGGCAGGGUUCUGAAACUUGAAAUGGCAUAUGCUCAGAAGUUUAGUCGUGUCUUCCUAAACCUCCUAAAACGGGGACUGAACAGUUAUCCUUCUCCAGAACUGCAAGGAGAGUGUGAAACUUUAACUCGAGGAGAUGCACAACAGCAAGUAGCUGUUCUAGAGAGGAUGCCUUUCCCUGGAUUUGGUGGAAUUGACGGUGGUGGGAAUUUGGAAGAGCUAAUGAAAAGCAGAGUGAUAGAAGAAAUUACAGAAGCCACUCAGGAACCUGUAGAUGUCGGACAAGAAGAAAAAUAUGAUUUUGAGGAGGAGUAUUUCACAGAGGACAAUGCUGAAGAGGCCAAGCUAGAGGAAUAUGGAGAAGCCCCAGAAAAGAAUGACGAAAACUUAGAGGAGACAAUAGAAACUGGAGCUGCAUAUGCUAACUAUGAUGCUUGUGCAGUGGAUCAUGAUGGAGGAGAGUGUCAAGAUUACGAUCUGAAGUGGUAUUAUGACAAAGAGCAGAAAGUCUGCAGUCCAUUCUGGUAUGGCGGCUGUGGAGGCAACAAAAACAGAUUUGAAACUCAAGAGGAAUGUGAAGCCUUGUGCAUAGCAUCUUCCUAGAGUGGAGACAGUCAAACCACUUCACUUCAGCUAUGCUGUAAGGACAAUGGGGGAAAAGAGAUUAAAAGAAAAAGCUCUAAGUUAACAAUACUGCUUCUAAAUUUCAGGUAAAACAAAUACAUUCUUAUUAAAAUCCAUGUGGCAAGAGGGCAUUUUUACUUGUUUCUUACCUGCUAACUGAAUAAUGAAAAUGGAGUUACAAAAAUUGUUCAGUUGGCCUGAUUUAGGAAGAACUGAUCUAGGAAAUAUUAUUUUCUUAGCCAACAGUGCAUUAUUUAAAAGGGUAAGGUAAAAAUUAAUACUAACACUUGAUAUUGCUCCAUAUCACCAAAAUGUGCACUUUUUAAAUGUACUGAAGAAAAUAAAUCAAUACUUCAGACAUUUUUAUAAAAUAAUAUUGGAGGUGAGAUGUUGAUGUCAAAGUGUUUUGGUUCAUUGGUAUGAAUUUAUUUUACUUAAAGAAUGGACCAAAACAACAUUUUAGCUCUCAAAAGAUGUAGAACUAUGACAGGUCCCUCUGGUCUAUGUCUAAUGUAGCCUCAUUCUUAGCCUUUUUUUAAAGA